AUUGCGCAUCCCAUGCGGCGCUUUCAGUUGACAAUGCGAGCGCGACUCGUCCGCAGUCUCCGGUCUACAGUCCCCAGCCUCCAGCCUCCAACCUCCAGCCUCUGAUCUUCAGCCUCCAUCCUCCGAUCUCCCAUCUCCGGCUCGGCAUUCUCCGGCACGCCAUUCUCCGGCUCUCCAUUCUCGGUUCAGGUUACGUCCCGUUCGGUUCGGCAAACUGCGUUGCGCGAAAAAUUGCGUUUAAUUAAAGUAUAAAGGCCAGCGAGCUCCUCAAUUACGGCCGCUCGUGGGAUGAGUCGCCACAGCCAGCUGAGGCUAGCGAUGCCCUCGGUUCACGGGGUUCCUGGUCCGGCCGCUCCUGGCUCGCCCUCAUCCUCCCACUCCUCGAAAGCCUUAAAAUCCCGUAGCGUUAAGCUGGGUCUGGGUGUCAAUCAGCGUACGGGUCGGGUGCAAUGGUGUCCGGGUCUGACCUGCUGCAAAUUGCUUCUACUGCUUCCAGUUUUAAUGCUGCCGCUGACCCUGGUGCUCAUCCUGAUCAUGCGGCUGGACGGGAUGCUGGCGGCGCUACAACUGAGCGAGCAGAGGAUGCGGGAGCGCCAGGACUCGGCGGCCGAUGCUCCCGCCUAUAUGGACGACUACGAAGCCCUCCUGCCGGAGGGCAGCACCUACAACGAGCUGAUCAACGAGGAGUUUCUCCUGCCGGCCAGUAAGCGGGCCCAGCUGCAGCUUCUGGCCGCGGAAAGGGCGCGUCGCUGCCAGCCCUAUCGGUAUGGAAAUGGGGAGGCCAUGGAGCUGGAGGAGCGCAACACGCUGAUGAAGGACUCACGCACCUCCUUCCUGCCCCUGGGCAUUCCACGUGAGUGCCUCGGCAGUGGAAUCGACCUGGACAUCAAGCCGCUGGACGAGGAGGUCUACCAGCGGCAAAAGAAGCGCUAUCAGGACAUCGCACCCUACUGGCUGGAGAGGAUCAGGACGAGGGAGCGACGCGAGGCCGAACGCCAGGCGGAGGAGACAAGUUCCGAGAUCAGUGAAGCCACCGCCGCCCUGCAGAGUUUCUGGAACGAGGAGGGCACCCGCGACGGCAUUCGCCUCACCCAGGCCAAGACAAUGAAACGCUACAUGGACACCAAGGUGGAUCCGUGCGUGGAUUUCUACAAGUACGCCUGCGGCCACUGGGAGCGACUGCAUCCGAUUCCCAAGGAUAAGGCCGGUUUCGACACCUUUGAAAUGCUGCGCGAAAGUCUGGACCUGGUGCUGCGGAAUCUUCUGGAGAGGAAUGCCCCAGUGCAACCGGCGGCGGAGCCACGAAAGAGUCCAGUGCGGAAUACCCUCUUCAAGCUGAACGAGCAGGGAGAGGGUGAGGGGGAAGCUGACCAGGCGGCGGAACUUAUUGCGGAUCGACUCCGGCGGCACAUCGUCAGCAAGAGGCAGUUGCUCAACCGCGUUCUGGUGCGCUAUAAACGCUAUACAAAUGGAACCAAGAGGAAACGCCUCAUUGAGACGCCACGUGAGAGGACCAAAGAGGAGGAGGCUGCUCCACCAGGCAGCCUGCCUAAGGAUAAGUCCAAGGAUAAACCGGAUAACGAGGAGCAACUGCAUGUACCCAGUGAUUUUCUGAAGCCCCAACACGAUGCCCAGCUGAAGGCCAAGAAUCUGUACCGAUCCUGUGUGAAUAGUGCCGUGCUGGCCAAGCGGGGAUUGGAACCUCUACACACACUCAUCCGGGAACUGGGCGGUUGGCCAGUUCUGGAGCCGCAGUGGAGCGACUCCAACUUCAACUGGCAGGUGCUGGCCGCCACUUUGAGGCGCUACAACAACGACAUCCUCAUCGUCCAGUGGGUGGGGGCGGACAUCAAGAACUCCGAGGAGAACAUCGUCCAAUUCGACCAGACGGGCCUCGGUCUGCCCACCCGGGAGUACUUCCUGCAGCCGACCAACGUCAAGUACCUGCAGGCCUACCAGCGCUACAUGGCCGAGGUGAUGCACAAGAUGGGCGCCCCCAAGGCGGAUGCCCAGCGGGUGGCCGGCGAGCUGGUGGCCUUCGAGACGCAGCUGGCCGGGAUCACGGCACCGGCGGAGCAGCGACUCAACGUGACCAAGCUCUACAAACGGAUGACACUGGAUCAACUGCAGUCGGCAGUGCCGGAGAUUAAAUGGCGUGCCUAUCUGCAGAGCCUGCAGGAUCGCGAGGUCCUGGGCUCCGAGGAGGUGGUCAUCUACGCGGUGGAGUACAUGAGCAAGCUGGUGACCCUGCUGGAGGAAUCAGAUCCCAAGACGGUGGCCAACUAUAUGAUGUGGCGCUUUGUGCGGCAUCGCAUCAACAACGUGGAUGACCGAUUCGAUGAUAUUAAGCAGCACUUCUAUCACGCUCUGUUUGGCCGCGAGGAGAGUCCCCAGCGAUGGAAGGUGUGCAUCGCCCAGGUAAACACCAAUAUGGGCAUGGCGGUGGGCUCGAUGUUCGUGAGUCGGUACUUCGACAACAACAGCAAGCGGGACACCCUACGGAUGACCCACGAUCUGCAGCAGGCCUUCCGUGAUAUCCUAAAAACCACCGACUGGCUGGACUCCACCACCAAGCAACUGGCCGAGGAGAAGGUCAACGCCAUGUCCUUGAAGAUCGGCUAUCCGGACUUUAUCCUCAAUCCGGGUGAGCUGAAUAGCAAGUACGCGGGCAUUGAAAUCCAUCCGGACAAGUACUUCGAGAACACCCUGAACGUCCUGCUACAUACGGCCAAGACGGAGCAGGCCAAGCUCCAUGAGCGGGUCAACAAGACGAACUGGCAAACGGCGCCGGCUAUCGUUAAUGCCUAUUAUAGUCGGAAUAAGAACCAGAUCAUGUUCCCUGCGGGCAUCCUGCAACCGCCCUUCUACCACCGCCACUUCCCCAAGUCCUUGAACUUUGGUGGCAUCGGUGUGGUCAUUGGCCACGAGCUGACCCACGGCUUCGACGACAAGGGCAGGCUCUUCGACAGGAACGGCAACAUCCACAAGUGGUGGACGGACUCCUCGAUCCGGGGAUUUGACGAGCGGGCCCGCUGUAUCAUCGCCCAAUAUAGUAAUUAUACCGUGGAGGAGGUGGGCAUCGUCUUGAACGGAGAGAGUACGCAGGGUGAGAACAUCGCGGAUAAUGGAGGUCUGCGCCAGGCCUUCCACGCUUACCAGCGCUGGAUGAAGGAGCAUCCCAACGAGGUGCAGGACGAGAUCCUGCCGGGCCUCAACAUGACGGGUCCGCAGCUCUUCUUCCUCAACUUUGGACAGGUGUGGUGUGGAGCGAUGCGACCAGAGGCCAUACGGAACAAGCUGAACACGGCCAUCCACAGUCCAGGUCGCUUCCGGGUGAUCGGAACGCUCUCGAACUCCUUCGACUUUGCGCGGGAGUUCAACUGUCCUCUGGGCUCACCGAUGAAUCCCUUCAAGAAGUGCAGCGUUUGGUAGUCGCAGCAAAGGACCUAUAGCCUAAGAGUAUUAAACAUGACGUAUGCCACGCAACCCAAGACCAAAGAGCCGAGGAUAGGCAGCUGGUUUCAAUUGACGAAACGCCCAGCUGGACAUUCCCUCGGUUCGUAUGAGAUGUAUUGACUCCCAUCACACCAACAAAGAUAAUGUGCCAAAAAUUAAUUUGCAAAUCUAUAUAUUUUUCUUAGCCUUUAACUAUUUAUAUUUGUAACUUGCAAUUGUUUAGUUUAUGAUGCAAUUUAUGUUUGUGAUAAUUUUAAUUAAAUGUAUAUUAUCAAA